UUGUAAGUUGUAUGCGGUUAUAUUUUAAUGUACGUAGAUUGUUUACAUAUAUUUGUAAUUCUACGGUAUCGUUACGAAGGGAAGUGCUCCGUAAAUUCCAUAUAACCAUAUUCAUACGAUAUUCGUGCGAUAUAUCAUGAUAACAUUAUAUUAACUCUUAUACUUUAAGAAAAACUAAAAUAUCAAAAUCAAAAUGAUCUGUAAUAUACAGUUAUAUACAGUAGUAUUUGUAACAAUAUUUGACCUGUGACUUGUUACUUUGUGACUCAUUCAGUCUGUCAAAUCGAAUUCCUGAUCUUGAUAUAAACUUCCUAACCUAUAAAACGUCAUCUUCAAACGAUCAAGGAUUCUAUUAUAAUUUUCUUUAUUUAUAUCUUCCGAGAGAGUCUCUAAUAUAAUUAGGUGAAGUUGCAAUAGUAUUUCUACUGUAGUCAUGGAGUGGUUAUUUGGGAAACGUAUUACUCCUGAGGAGAUGCUCAGGAAAAAUCAGAGAGCUUUAAACAAAGCUAUGCGAGAUCUUGACAGAGAGAGAAUGAGGAUGGAACAACAAGAAAAAAAGAUUAUUGUGGAUAUAAAGAAACUUGCUAAAGAUGGGCAAAUGGAUGCAGUGAAGAUUAUGGCUAAAGAUCUUGUAAGAACUAGACGUUAUGUGAAAAAAUUUAUGUUGAUGAAAGCAAAUAUCCAAGCAGUUUCUUUAAAGAUUCAAACAUUGCGUUCACAAAACACAAUGGCACAAGCAAUGAAGGGAGUCACAAGAGCCAUGCAAAAUAUGAACAAACAAUUAAAUCUUCCUCAAAUACAAAAAAUAUUACAAGAGUUUGAAAAGCAGUCAGAAAUAAUGGAUAUGAAAGAGGAAAUUAUGAAUGAUGCUAUUGAUGAUGCAAUGGAAGAUGAGGGUGAUGAAGAGGAAAGUGAUGCCAUUGUGUCGCAAGUUUUGGACGAAUUGGGUCUCCAAUUGACAGAUCAAUUGUCAGGUUUACCUCAAGCAUCCGGUUCAUUAAAUGUAGCAAAUUCCAAACAACCAGUUGCAACUGCAACAGGGAAUGAUGAAGGUGGAAAUUUGACAGACGCGGAUGCAGAUCUGCAAGCUAGGCUUGAAAAUUUAAGACGUGAAUAAGAACACACUCCUAUAUAGAUGAAAAAUGUAUAAAAGAUGUAAAGGAAAGAAUUGGUUUUAUAAGCAUUAAUUUUAGGAUUACUUUACGAUUUUAAUUAGAGAUAUGAAUGUUUCAUCAUAGCACUUGUUUUUCAAUCCGUUCACUCAGAUAAUCGAUUUAUAAAAUAUAAGAAAAAUGUUAUAUUUCUAUCGCUUAAAACAAUUAUGAAUUCAUGAAAUACGAAUGAUGAAGAAACAGAGGCAUAUAACUACGUUAUGUAUUAAUCUGUAUAGUUACUUUUUUCAUAAAAAAAAAAGAAAAAUGAAAGAACUUUAAGAUGGUAUCUUGAAGUUUCUGUGCAUAUUUUAUUUGCACAGGAUAAUUUUGUAAAAUGGAUAACUUAUAUUUAAAAUGCUUAUCAAAUAUAUUAUGAUAAGAUACUUACUUAUUAUAUUUUGAUAAAUACAUGUACAUAGAUUUACUUGAGAAAUUUGUAAUUUACGUACAUGUACAUAUACGCUUUCAUUUUUUUUAGGAAAUAUUGUACACUUACCGUAAAAGUAAAUAAGGGAAAUAUGUUAGCCGUUUUUAUAUGAAAAAAACAGCAUAUAAAUUGUAUGCUCGCAUAUUCAAAAGGAGUACAAUAAAUAAGUUCGUUCACUGCUUUUAUCAAAA